CUCCCAUUGAUUAUCUUAAGGAGCCGGAAAGGUAAAAAAGGCUGAAAGCCACAAGAAAUCAGGACAUGUAAGCAAAACCAAAUUGUUACUUUCGCUUUUUCACCACCAACAACACUUUCAAACGGUCCGUAUGAGUCUGUCUUUUCGCUGGAUUGUCGCAAAUGUGACAAUCUUGAUCUUUGCUACACUCACUCUAUCCGUUUCAAGUGCCCCUCAAUCCAAUCAAAAGGUAUUCUCUUCUUUUCGAUUCGGAGAGCAUCCUGAUUGGGAACCAUUACGACACUCGAGUGGAAUCAGUCCAUAUCACGAUGCACCAGGAGCAGAUAUCGAACCUCCACAGGGGUGUAGCGUCACAGCUGCCGCGUUCUUGAUCCGACAUAGCUCAAUCUAUGCAAAUGACGAUGAAUGGGAAGAGUACAUGCAACCCUUUGUAGAGCGAGUCAAGGACGCAAAAGGUGCCUUUCCUGAAGAUGGUCCAUUGGGCUUCUUGAAUGACUGGGAAUCUCCAAUCAAUGAAGACAAUUUGGAAAAGUUGACAAAGCCUGGAAUCAAAGAUGCAGAAAAGUUCGGAAAGCGAUUCCGCAAACUGUAUCCCCAUUUACUACCUCCCAAGAAGCUAGGCAAGAAGAAGGGUAUUCUUGACAACUUGAAAGUCAAAGUGCCAUUCAAAGUUUGGACAGCGAGCUCGGAGCGCGAUAUCGGCACAGCAAAAGCAUUCAUUCGCGGUGCUUUCCCAAAGUAUCAAGAAGGACAUGGUGGUGAAGGCGAUGGUAAAUACAUCAGUCUGGUCGAGGUGCCAAACAAAGAUCCCAACUGGUCCGCUAGUUUGACACCACACAAAGUUUGUGAUCGAUUCACAAAGGAAGAAGGAAGGAAGGAUGCUCGAGAGUAUCUGCGCAAUUGGGGUCCUGGCCCAUUGGCCAAAUUGCAAGCCCUUGCACCAUCGUUUGAAUUCGAAUUGAAGGACGUUAUCGCCAUCCAAAUGUUGUGUGGAUAUGAAUCAGUCAUCAAAGGUAUUGGCAAGUCAAAGUUCUGCAAUGCGAGAAUCUUUGAUGCGAAAGAUUAUCAUGAUUACGAGUACUUCCAUGAUCUGAUCUACCACAAAAUGGUCGGCUAUGCGAGUGAUGUGGCGCCUUAUUUGGGUGUGCACUGGCUCAACACUUCCACUCACAAUCUCCUCUCUGCUGAUGAAGGUGAAGGCGACCAUCCACAUCGUCCGUACAGCGCCGCAAGCAAGAAAGAUCCCCACCUUCCCGCCCCACCUGGACUACCCAAUUCGACGCACACACAGAAGCUUUUCGCUUAUUUCACACAUCGUGAAGAGCCGCCAAUGGCACUCGUAGCCCUUGGAUUAUGGAACCAAACAGAAGUUGGUCCCCUUCCAUUGGAUACACGACAAAAAGAUCGUGUUUGGCGAACAUCUCACGUUUUGCCUUUCCUCGGCCAUGUUGCUAUUGAACGCAUACGAUGUGAUGAUAAACAGAAUUACAUUCGAGCAAUCGUGAAUGGAGCUGCGCAGACAUUGGAUCAUUGCAAAGAUGGUCCUGGAAAUUCAUGUCCAAUCGCUCAAUUCAAGGCUUUCGUUAAUCAAAGGAUGUCAAUGUAUGGUGACAUUGAAGGGGCAUGCAAAAUUGAACAAUAGAAAGAAUGAUCGCAUUGAAGUUUGUAGAAUAUAUGCACUCACUAUAAUAGACGCCGCAUUUGCUUUUUGUUCCCUUUGGCGUUGCAUUCAUUCGACCUAUUGAGCAUACCUUUCUCCUUUACAACUUCCAUCUUCCUCCUCACAUCCGUUUCUACAACCUAAGCUCUGCCUCAAUGAAGCUCUUGGAUCUUGCGGCGAGGGAAAGUCCCGUGAGUAUUCCUGUUUUGACCUUUGUC